AUUUGAAUAUCCAGCACAAACCGUUUCCAUCAGCCGAUCGUGGAGGGAAUAAAAGACUGGAAGACGAGUUUUAGGGAGUUCAGGGAAUAAGGGCGAGUUUGAAGACUGAUCCGUCCAAAGGUGAUACAGAAGGAGGCUGAGGCGCACCAAGAUUUGGGGAAACAAACUGGGGAAUCCACGGUUAUAAAUAACAGUUUGAUAUUUUACUCUUUUAUUAAUCAAAGUACUACGAAGGGAAUACACAUCUGCAGCCAUGAAGAAAUCCUCAAAUCCAGUGCGAUCAGUCAGCGCUCGAGUAAGAAGAACAGAAAGGGAAGUAUCUGGCAUCACCAGUCCCACGCUGAAACGGUCGUUUGAGGUGGAGGACACGGAUACAACCACACACCCUUCACCGCUGUCCCGCCGCACUACCAACCCCCUCCGUUCCUCCAUGUCCUCCUCAUCCAGCCAACGGAGCUACGACCUAGGUUCACGCAACUCGGACUACUCCUCCUCCUCCUCCAGGUCCACUGCGUCCGAGUCCUCCAAUUUACGUUCCCCAAAGACCGGCAUGAGGCGCAUCGAGUUGUCAGGAGGGAGGAACCCUGAUUCAGCUGCUUCCCGCCGGGCAGAGAUGUCCAUCGAGGUCUCCUCCAAACAGAUCGACAGCUCGCCCAGCGCCGGCAUCACCCGCUUCGGCCUCAAGCGGCCAGAGGUGAGUCUGAGCAGUCGCAGCAAUGCCCUAGAUGGCACCUCAAACUCCAUCUCCAGCAUCACAAACCGGCGAGCAGAGCUCAACAUGACCAGGUCCCAAGAGCCCCCUGCCCCUCCCAGGAGGAUGGACACGCAGCUGUCCUCUACGCCGGUCUCUAGGAUCCCUGAGCCCCCCCAGAGAAGAGCAGAGCCUCCAUCUCCCAACCUGAGUUUAAUUGAAGGCGUCUCCAGGAGACCAGAGAUACCCGUCUUCAGACAAGCAGACGGCUCAGUGUCCAGCAGCACUAUAGAGAACAACAACCACCCACCGCCUGCAUCUACAGCCCCCCUGACAGAGCCACGGGUGGAAAAGGUGCAGUCACCUGUCACAGAGCAGCCAACAACUCGACCAACAGACAGACCAGAGGUGUUCCCCACCAACAGCAGCAGUGCCAUGUCUGAGGCGGUGGUGCCCGACGCCAUGGUACCCCCAGCAGUGGGCAGUCUGUACGGGGAGAAGGCCGCUGGAGCUGUGGUGGACUUCAGCUAUGUGGGCAUUGAUGCCAUUCUGGAGCAGAUGAGGAGAAAAGCCAUGAAGCAGGGCUUUGAGCUCAACAUCAUGGUAGUAGGACAGAGCGGCCUCGGAAAGUCGACUCUGAUGAACACUCUCUUCAAGUCUAAAGUCAGCAGGAAGUCUGUACUGGGCACAGGCCAGGAGAAGAUCCCUAAAACCAUAGAAAUUAAGUCCAUCAGUCAUGACAUUGAGGAGAAAGGAGUCCGAAUGAAGCUGACUGUCAUUGACACACCAGGAUUUGGAGACCAGAUCAACAAUGAGAACUGCUGGCAGCCCAUCAUGAAGUUUAUUAACGACCAGUAUGAAGCAUACCUCCAGGAGGAAAUUAACAUCAACAGGAAGAAAAGGAUCCCAGACUCCAGAGUCCACUGCUGCAUUUAUUUCAUCCCCCCAACUGGUCACUGUUUGCGGCCCCUUGAUGUAGAAUUUAUGAGGCGUCUCAGUAAGGUGGUCAACAUCGUCCCGGUCAUUGCUAAGGCAGAUACUCUCACACUGGAGGAGAGAGACUUCUUCAAAAAGAAGAUCAGGGAAGAGCUGCGAGCCAAUGGGAUUGAUGUAUACCCCCAGAAAGAAUUUGAUGAAGAUGCAGAGGACAGAAUGAUUAAUGAAAAGAUCAGGGAGAUGAUCCCGUUCGCAGUAGUGGGCAGUGAUCAGGAGUACCAAGUGAACGGAAGAAGGUUGCUGGGGAGGAAGACCAAGUGGGGCACGAUUGAAGUUGAGAACAUCGCCCACUGUGAGUUUGCCUACUUACGAGAUCUUCUUAUCAGGACCCACAUGCAGAACAUUAAGGACAUCACCAGCAGCAUCCACUAUGAGAUGUACCGCGUGAGGCGCCUCAAUGAGAACAACACUGCGGUGGCUCACGCCAACGGCAUCCCCGAACAUCACCUGACCGCUCACGAGAUGUAGGCCGUCGUCUGUAGAGUAAAACACCAACUACAAGACUUGAUCUUGAUCUUCCCUCCACUCCAGCCCUGAUCUCACAGGUGGGGUCCAACGUAAAGUCUGCCAGAGGGACUUUAUCAUCUGCAGCUUCCAGGACUCUUUGUUUAUUGCUUUUUUUUUUAACCAUAUCCUUAUUGAUGACAAACAGAGAACAAAGGGUUCUGCCUUCAAGUUUUGCUGCAGCUUGGUUUUUAUAUUCCUCUCCUGUCUUACAAAUCUUAUCGUUCAUAUUUUUGGUGCCAAAGUGUUUCUCUCUACCAAACUGACCAGUUAUCUGAUUUGCUUUAAUAGGUUAAACAAGUUUGUUGUUUCAUUUCAAUGGUAAGCCUUUGUGCAGCAUUAGAAGCACAGUUUCAUCUAGAACACCAAUAUGCAUGAAAACUGAUAAAGAUCAUGUUUUAAGGUGAUCAUUAUGUAACCAGAAUGUGUUUGAGGAGAGUAGGGGAGCUCUUUCUCAACAUGUCUGACCUUCAACCAACCAACCAACACUAACUACAGCUACAGGUUGAAGUAAAGCACAUGAUGUGCCUUAGAUUUUUCUCUCUCUGCAUCACAUCCUGUCUUUUGGGUUUAUUCUUCUAUGUUCAUAUCCUGUUAAAUAUAAAUGUCAACUCUCUUUAACCAUCAGCAUUAUUUAGUUGGAAUAUCUUAAAGAGUGAUUUAAGAUACAAAAAAAGUAUUUAUGCACGCUUUAAAAUGUGAACAUUUCUCACAGCUUUUCUUCCACUUAUUCAGGAACGGUAACAGCAACAUGCUCUCAAAAGUUUUUCCUGCUCUUAUUGGGUCCUCCUCAGUGCCUUAUUUAUUGGGGGAUGAUUUGCGAUUUUGUCGGCCGAAACUGGAAAGAAAAGCAUGUUUUUUGAUUCCACCUUUUAAAAUAUCAUUUAACAUCCUUUAGUCCUCUUGUCGUUUUAUCUUCCAUUGACCAGACAACCUUCUGUUCUGUUGAUCAUAAUGUACCAAGAAUCUUUUCCUGUCAUGCAUAUCUAAUGUCCUGUCAUUGCCAUGCUCUAUUGUAUAUUCCUCUGUGUUCUGUGAUACAGUUUUUUAGUUGUAUUAUUGAUAACAAAGUUUUCUUUAUCUUAUUUUAAAGAAAUAAAGAUUGAAGUUUUAAAUGUUUAA